AUCACUUGUUAUGGUCAUCUGCGAGUCAAAUAGAAUUGUUUUGCUACACAGUUUGUCAGCAUUCACUUGCGGAACGACAAGCCGUUGGCACUUGAGUGAAAGAGCCAGUUUCUUUGCGUCCACAAGUCGCUUCAAGCUUUAUACUUGUUCCUGUCUACUGAACACCCGGUAAUUCCCCGAACGUAGGCGCUGCGCAAAAUGCUAGCCAGUUUAGUCGUCCUGACGCUACUUGCGGCAGCAACACCAUUCGUGAUAGAAGCUCAGGUCAAGCACAACUAUGGAAAUCUGCUGGAUAUGAGCUUCAGGUUCUAUGAGGCUCAGAUGUCUGGCAACGUGCCUUCCUGGUCGCGUGCCUCCCAGGCGGUCGGCGGCUGGCGCAACAAGAGCCACGCCCUCGAUGGCACUGGCCCAGGCGGAGUGAACCUGGACCUGUCAGGCGGCUGGUAUGACGCGGGAGAUCAUCUGAAGCUACAUCUGCCUCUGGGCGUGUCGGUGAGCCUUCUGUCGUACGGCGCCCUCACCUUCGAGGCCGCCUACCGCGCCGCGGGCCAGUGGGACAUCGCCGUGCGCAACCUGGACUGGGCGGCCUCCUACAUCGCCAAGUGCCACACACAGGCCAGCGACACACCCGCCUACAACAAGUUCGUGGCCCAGAUUGGCGAUGUGGCCACGGACCACAACACCUGGUGGGGCCGGCCGGAGCAGCAGCCCGAGGGCGGUGCCCAGGGCUCUGCGGGCUAUCGCCCCGUGUGGCUCAUCACCACCGCCAACGGCAAGGGCGCUGACAUCGUGGCGGAGGCGGUGGCGUCGCUGGCCAGUGUUUCGCUGCUCCUGAAGCGCCCCGGCGCCUACUCCAACACCACCAAGGCCGCGUCGUUCCUCGCGCGCGCCAAGCAACUCUUUGAGUUCGCCAAGACCCUCAACUCCGGCGUGUGGGCGCCGCCUGAGGGGCAGAACGCCUACACCAGCUCCAGCUGGAAUGACGACAUGGCCUGGGCGGCCGCGUGGCUGUGCAGGGCCGACGUGGACGCCGGCGCCUCCGCCGCGACCAGCUCGGCGUGCAGCGUUGCGGUGUCUUACUGGAAGCCCUUCAUCGGCAACGCCAACGUCUAUGGGGACGUGAACUGGGACCGCAUGGCUGGUAUGGCGGCGGUGCUCCUCCGCGAUGUGGGCGCCGGCACCGCCACCGACGUCGCCACAUACAACACCGCCAUCAGCAACAUAAUGAAGAGGUGGCUGAUUCCCUCCACCCAGACUUGCGUCGGCGGCGCCGCACUCCCCUGCUACACCCCCGGCGGGCUGGUGUGGCGCGACGCGUGGGGAAGCAACCGGCACACGGCCAAUGCGGCACUGGUGGCGCUGGCGGCGGCGCGCGGUGACGCCGGCGCGGGUCUGGAGGUUGCCUACAGCACGCGUGUGAAUCGCAACUGCUGGGCGCGAAGCCAGGUCGACUACAUGCUCGGCAGCAACCCGCAGAGCCAGUCAUACGUGGUCGGAUACAAGCCCACGACCUCCCACAAAGCUCCUGAGAAGCCGCACCACCGCAGCAGCAGCUGCGCCACCAACUACGCCUCCCCCUGCACUUGGGCCGCCCUGGACAACACGGACCCCAACCCCAGCGUCUUGCAGGGCGCGCUGGUGGGCGGUCCGGACCGCUACGACGCCUACACCGACAACCGGCGCGACUACGUCAAGAACGAGGUGGCGCUGGACUUCAACGCAGGCUACACGGGAGCGCUGGCGGCCCUGUCCGGCCUGGACGCCGCGAUUACCAAGGCCGGCUGCACCUGGAGCUCCUACUGCUCCAUGGCCUGCACAGUGCCCGACGCUGGCCCCACACCCUCGCCUUCGCCUCCGUCACCGGCCCCACCCUCUCCGGCCCCGCCCUCACCGGUUCCGCCCUCUCCGGUUCCGCCCUCCCCGUCUCCCAAGCCCUCCCCCUCGCCCUCUCCUUCCCCGAAGCCCUCUCCUUCCCCCUCCCCCUCGCCAUCGCCCUCCCCGUCUCCCAAGCCCUCCCCCUCGCCAUCGCCUUCCCCGUCUCCCAAGCCCUCCCCCUCGCCGUCGCCGUCACCGUCGCCAUCGCCCAGCCCCACCACCUCCACCUGCAGCUCGAGUGACUGGGCGUGUGCGGCAUGUGCCAACACCUGGGUCCUGGACCAGAACGCCUGCCGCACCUGCGUCUCCACCUUGCGCGCCAAGGGCUUAGACGCCGGCAAGUGCAUCAACUCGUGUUCCGGCAUCGCCACCGCCGCCCUGCAGACCGUUUGCAUGGGCACCUGCGUCCCCAACUCCGCCGCGAAAGGCGUUGACUGGGCCUGCAACCAGUACUGUGGCACGACGCUGCUGGUGGGCACGGACCCGGCUCGUUCGCAGCAGUGUGGCACCUGCAUCUUGGGCGUGUCCAACCCCUGGGACUGCUCCAACUGCAUCACGGUGACCAGCGGCCUGUCUGAUGCGGCUGCAGCCCGCACUUCCUGCAUGACCUGCCUCACCGCCACCACCAUUGGCGGCUACGCCUGUGGCGAAUGCAACAAGCUCGCCACUGCCAGCGCACGCAGCGCGUGCCAGGCGUGUGUGGCGGGCGGCAAGGGCGUAUGGGAGUGCACCCAGCCGAACGCCGGCCGCCGCCUGCUGCGCGCGUAGUCACCGAAAGCAAGCAACCGACCGUGUUGCCAUACGUCUUGUGCCGGCUUAUCGUUGCGCGUGGAACAAAUUGAUGGUGCCCCUUACAGUGUAUGCGGCAUGUACAGCAACGCAGUGACCUGUGCGCGUAUGCCUAGGCCACAUAAGCAAAAGAGAAAAUCCACCUAGCACUCAGCAGCAUGCCGCUGCUUUACUUCAAGCGCAGGGACUUCACCCUUGCUCUGGCUGAUAAGCUCUGUUGUGUGAGCGGCUGAUACAUACAUACAUCCCCGUCGUUUGCGUGGAUACACGCAUGAAGAGCCCAAGCAUGCCUCUCUGGUAUGCACGUUCCUGUGAUGCCGCUGGAAAUGCGGCGGAGCUUUGCACAUAUGGACUGACUGGAUCGUGUACAGAAACAGGACUGAGUAAGAGCGAAGACUGCAGGAUCAGGCAGGAUUUAAGCAUACCGCAUGCUGAAAGGCAUUGAAAGAUCAGUAGGUUGAGCUAGAUGGUGCCGUACUGGAUGCUGUGUGGUGGGACUGCCGGUCACUGCCGGCAGCAGGCAUGCCGCACAUGUGUGCAACGGGCUGCAAAAGUCCUGCAUCGUUGAUACUGGACAUUCAUUCACUGGUAGUCCGUUUGGCUGCAUAUUCGGGCGAAGGCACUGCGAUGCAGAGCGCUGUGUUUCAGCUGAACCGUGUGAAUAUUGUGACGGUAUCCAUGCCGCUUUGCAUAGGGCGUUGGAACUAUCACCUGCUAGCGUAGACAGCCAAGGCUGUAGGCAGGAUGGACGUUUGGACGUGGCCCCAUGGACUCAUUGAGGCUUUCCCUUCAUGUUGAUUUGGACGGCUAAGUGACCCUGCUGGUUGGCGUGUCCCUUCUUGUAACGUUGUGGUCUC